GCGAACCUAUUUUGAAACGUGGGCCAAAUUUUGUUCAUAUUUUUUUGUUAGCUCCUGCCCAUUUGAAGUUUAAUAUUUUUUUGAGCAUUUUUAAAACUAAAAGCUUCUUUAAAAUUCAACUAGCUUUACGGGUAAAAAUGAGCUUAGUUUGACGAUUUAACAAUUUUUGUUGGGGUUAAAAAUCCUGUGAAUAUAGGCGUUCCGCAAUAUUCACAUAUAUUCAUGUCCAUCUGCCCAGUGAAAUUAAGGAACUUUCAAUAAGAAUAUUAAAUGCUCCAAAAUAUUUUUUUUAACUUUGGCAGAGUAUUUCACCUAUAAAUUUCAGAAUGUAUCGGAUUUCAUUAGUAUAGUAGGAUUAAGUGUAAACAUUGUGAUUAAAGUUUUUAUUUUAAUAUACCUUCAUACAUUUAAUCAUUGUAAUUUGCAAAAUGGGACUAUUAUUGAAGAACCUGUAUUAUCUAAGGCACUCCUGUCACUAUUGAAUUGACGUAUCUAAGUACCGUGCGUUCAAUUUAUGAUGAUAACAUUUUAAAUGACUGAACUUUUUAGUUUUUAGAGAUAUCAAGGUGAACAAAAAAUGAAAAGUUGGGUUAGUAGCCAAGUUUUUUUGCAAGUGACGUAUAAAACAAAACACUAUCAAUUUUAUGACAUAAGUCUAUAUCAUAUUUUAAAAUGAAACACCCUGUAUAUUAUAUAAGUGUUAUAAUAUCUUGACUGCAACAACAAUAAUUAUUUACAAAUUAAAUUAGAACAAAAACAUUAAAAAUUACAAGACACCCUAGAGUAAAAAAUUCUUUAACUAUUCUAAAUACUGAUGUGUGACCACCUUUCUCAUACACUCUAAUUGUAUGAUGUCAAGCAUUUAGUAACGUUUCCAGAUUGUGUUCGACUUUGACAUUGUUCUGCAAAACUGAGUGGAUUGAUCUCCGAGAAAUACCUGCCACUUCAUAUACUCUAAUAGAGGAAACUGGAUGUGCUUCAUAGAAUCCUAAUAUGUUUGCCUUAUUUUCUUCAUUUGAAACAUUAUGAUUCCGGCUUUACUUUUUAGCAUUUAAAACGUUUCCGUUUACUGUAAAAUUCUUUGCCAUCCUUGGAAAUAUCUGUUUUGAUGGUGCUCGGUGCUCUGGAUAAAAUCUAAUAUACAGACGACGAGCUGCGGUUGCACUUUUAUUAUUCAGAAAGUAUACUUGAAGCAUAUCACUCCUUUCACGGUUGCCUAGAUUCGCGAAAAACCAUUUUAACAGUAAUGACUUGGACAAUAAUUCAACUAUCAACGUUGUUUCCUAAUACAUAUGUCAAACAUAAACAUAUUUUUUUUUGUUUAUAUAAAAACUUCAUAUUUUUGCCAAUUUGUCAAAAACGAGUGGACUAAAAUAUAAAGGAUGUUACAUCAUUUUAAUCGGAAUAAGAUAUUCUAUUAAACACAUAUAUAAUAUAGAGAGUGUUCCAUUUCAAAAACAUGAUGUAGGCUUAUAUGUCAGAAAAUUGAUAGUGUUUUGUUUUGUACGUCACUUGGAAAAAACUUGCUGCUAAUUCUUUUUUUUUUACCUUGAUAUCUCUAAAAACUAACAAGUUACAGCCAAUUAAAAUGUUAUCAAAAUAAAUUAAACACACGGAACAUAAAGUGUAUUAACAUGAAUAAAUAAAAAUCUACGUUACGUCGUUUGUAUAAACGCCAUGAGACAUUUAAUAUUACAUCGUUAAUAUAAUUAAUCCAUGCUCUUAUAAAUUAGAAAAUCUAAAUAUGUAUACCAGAGCUAACAAAAAAAUUAUUGCCUAAGAAUCGCACACAAGAAAGAGUCGCACGGAUCAUGGGUUCGCCAUCGCCGCCUUAGUCUAUUAGUGACAAAGUUUUCGGUCGCAGGACGAGCUUGCAGGAUGUAUUCCAAGGGCGGCGGGUAAUAUUUUUGAUACAAUUGCUUCAAUGGAUAUAGCGAACUAUAGCAUUCACAUAUCAUUUUUGGAACUUUAUAACGAGGAAGUAAGGGACUUGCUUAAUGAAGACGAUCAGUCCCCAUCUUUAAGCAUAUUUAAUGACAACAAAGGAUCUGUCUACAUUCCAGGUUUAAAGGAGGUCACCGUUUUCAACAGUAAUGAAAUUUAUUCAUUGAUUCAGCAGGGUACCAACAAAAGGCGCACAGCUUGCACGUUAUCAAACAACCACAGUUCAAGGUCACAUACCGUUUUCACCAUAACAGUUCACACGAGAGAAUGUGGUGUCGACAAUGAAGAACUAUUAAAAACAGGUAAAAUUAAUCUCGUGGACCUCGCUGGUAGUGAAAAUAUUACCAAAUCCGGCGCGAAAGAACAGAGGGCCGUUGAAUCCGCCAAUAUCAACAAGUCAUUGCUUACGUUGGGUAGGGUCAUACAAAUUUUGGCUGAAAGAAAAAACAAACACAUUCCCUAUAGGGAUUCGAAACUGACUCGUAUUUUACAAGACAGUUUAGGUGGACACACCAAGACCUGCAUCAUCGCUACGGUGUCACCAUUAGCGACUGCUUACGAGGAAACUACAAGUACCUUAGAAUACGCGUGUCGCGCGAGGGAUAUCAAAAAUACUCCUUUGAUAAAUGCAAAGGUGACAAAGGCUGAGUUGAUCGAAGAGAUGGCUAACGAAAUUGAUAAACUUAAGCGCGAUUUGGAUGCAGCGCGCUCUGGCGAAGGGUUUUACGUCGACAAAGACAAUUGGGAGAAAAUGCAGCUGGAACGUCAAGGUGUCGUCGACCUUAUAAGUUUGAAAAAUAACGUGAUUGAUGACAUGAAAAGGAAACUUUCUGAACUGAAAACCUUACGAGAAAUGAAAUUGAAGGAGUUCGAUCAGAUUACUAAGGAGUGCCGCAAAGAGGAGGGGAUUAUUAACAAAGCGACGAGAUUACUGCAAGAAAAAACUCAGACCAUUAAGCAGGAAGAGUAUGUUUCUAGUUAUUAUGAGAGCGUUGCGUCUGAGACUACUACCAACGCGAGCAAACUACUGGAAACCACUCACAACUUGUCCAGCAGUCAGGCUGUUUUGCACAGGAAACUGGAAAUGCAAUAUAUGAAUAACCAUAGAAAUGAGCAAAUGGUGAAAGAAAAAACCAAACACUUAAUCUCCAAUCUCAACGCCUUUAAAGAAGCUGAAGAGUUAUUAGGUUCUCUUCCAGGGAUUUCCGUAAAUGUAUCGAAAGAACUGCAGAAUUUGCAAGAGACCAUGGAGAACAGGAAGUUACAACAGGAUAGAAUUGUUUCGCUUCAACAAUAUUUCGACGAACAGUAUGGACUCGCCGAAAAAUUGGUAAAGGAAUCUCAUGCUGUUGUGUCAACAGGUGAAAAUGUUAUCCAACGGUGUCUCGAUUGCGCACGAACUAAAAGAAACAAAUCCAGUAAAAUAUUUCAGCAUUUGAAGGAACAUGAACAGGAAUCGUUGAAGCGUUCUGAAGGUAUUUCGGACCUGCUCGAUUCUAUAAAAUUGUUUUUGAUGCGAGAAAAGGAACGAUUCGAAAUUUUGAAUGGCCUGAAAACUUCUUACGGAAACAUCGGUCUCCAAAGCAGCGAGCGCGUAAUUUCUUUGGACACCUACAAUUUAAUCGCGAAGCAGAAUUCGUUGGCUAACGAUAUUUCAAAGAGGAAUACAUCAGAGAUUAACACGAACCUGGUAGAGUUACUGAAGAGUGCUACUUCAUUAGAAACUGAUAUCAGCAAAGCGAAAACUGUGGAGAACCUUAACGCGAGUGUUACCGAAUUAGAACAAAAGUUACUUGCUAUGAGAGGUUUAGGGAACCAAAUUGUUGAGAAUACCCACGACUUACAAAAUCACGUAAAGUGCUACAGCAAUACUGUGGGCUCCACAAUUAAGUCAAUAUUAGAAAGCAAUGAAACACAGGCCAUCCUUCAAAAUCACGUCGAGAAAGUCAGUAACAUUUUAAACAACUGCUAUCUCCUGGUACAUACCGAAAUUUUGGAUAACAUUAUUCCUACCAAAAGGACCGGCGACACGCCCAAGCAGUGUCCACUCAACUUUCCUAAAAGGAUAAGCGACGGAAGACCGCCCAAGGAAGCUCUUAUUAAAAAAUUCGAAGAAGAGGAAUUGCAAGAGGAUAUUGAGAAGUUGAUGUCCAGUUUUGAUAGCCCCGCAGAUUGUUCAGGGAAUUUGGACAUGAAUUGAAUAUUUUAAAAAGCGUCUUAUUUGUUAAUUUUUGUAGAAUGUGAUAUAUUUUAUGUAUAACAGACAACUGCCACAUCAGACUAACCUUAAGUUAAAUAAAGCACUUGUCAACUUGUUUUUAUCCCAUUAAUAUCGCCCCAAGCUGGAAAACCAAACAUGUACAUCAAGUUAAAUGGAAAAUAUUACAAAACUAAACUAAAUCAUAGGUAUAAAAUGUUUACAAUAUAAAAAGAAGUAAAAAGGGGAAAACUAAAACUAACAUUAACAAAAUUAAAGCUAAAGGGGUGCCGACUAGGCAGAUUCCUCAAUUUUUUUUUAACAGUGAUGGAAAACAUGCCAGAUAGGAUUGCAAUUGGAGCAAAUUUUGUGGAUGAGACUCUGAAGGCGCUUGAAGCAAUAAACGCUUGAGAAGAAAUGGACUGUCAAUCGUAGAGUUGACGAGUUUUAUAGAGAAACGAUAGUAACUGUAAGCAACUCUAGGAACCUACUGAGUUAGGCUCAAGUUCCCGUUGAGUGCAAAUGACCAUUUCCUCCAAUCAUAACAUAAUUAAGAAAUUGCCUCUGGACAGACGCAAAGGAUUGAUUGAUAGAAAAACCUUAGUUUAAAGGUCGAUAUAUAUUUAAAAAAUAUUUACAGCUUUGCAAAUCAAAACCCAAC